UAUUGUAUUUAGGACCUGGCAUGUGCGUUCUCGUCAUUUCUCAACAUUCUUUGUAAGUGUCCCAGAACAAAACAGAAGACAUUAGGCUUCAGGAGUGUAACCAUGAACGGAGAAACCACACAAGUUCUGCUCGCCGUUGAAGCUGAGGCAUAUGUUGAAGCUUUGGAACAGUUUGGUGUAAAAGAUGUCGGGAGCCCCAGUUGGGCCCGUCAACAUGAACAUUUGGAGAAACUCAACAUGCAGGCUGUCAUCAGUGCUUCUGCUCAUGAGGACGAGUUUGUCAAAGAGGCACUCAUCACAUUUGAAAAGAUUCCUGUUUUGAUACAAGACUUACUAGUCACUGAGGUAUGGAAACAGAGGAUCUUCCCAGAACUCAUCAACUCUGGAUUUGAGCCUCGCACAACUUUCCCUCUAUAUAUGGUGUUGUACCAUGAAGCCACUGUGAUCAACCUCCUGGAGACAGUUCUGUUCCACCGGGAGACUUGCGAGGCCGCUGAUGACACCAUCUUGGAUCUAGUUGACUAUUGUUACAGGAAACUCACACACCUUGUAGCACGGAUGUCCAGUGAAGAUGAGGAUGAUGAGUUUGAGAUCGGCACUCCAUCUGUGACAAGCUCUACAUCAGCCACUUCAAUGGAGGAAUUGGAGAAACAGGGUGGGAGUCUUGACUUCGACAUCAGCAUCAAGGCCGUUACUCUCAUCCGAUACAUCACUGACCACCUGGAGGGGCUCCCUCUCAGUGUGAUGACUCGCAUCCUCAACACACACGAUGUCCCGAACUUGCUGGUGCAGUUGGUGGAGAUGCCGCCAUGGCUUCGGCGGAAAAAUGGUAAAGUGUACAAGUAUAUUGACAGCAAAUGGGUUGAAGUGUCUCAUGAAGAUUCCUUCAAGCUCACCAAGAUAGAAGGACAGGUGUGGAUUGCCCUGUACCAUCUGCUGAUGGGGGGAGACUGUCAGAAGAAGUACGACAUUGACUCCUACAGGAAGAACACCCUCCUCAAGCUGCGGUCUCACCUGACUGAGAUUCUGCUGGACCAGCUGCCUGUCCUGGGGGAGAUGCAGAGAUACCUGGAACAACUGUCCAUGAUGGAACCUCCAGCGCCACAGAAGAGCUUUGUCCUGGAACAGGUCCCCGAGAUUCGCGAUGGCAUCUUGAAGCAGUGGGAGGGCAAGUGGAAACAACUGGCCAAGAAACAGUCAAAGACCCACUUUAAUCCUUCUGCAGACGCUAUCAGAGCACAAGCACAAAGAUGGGCGGAGACGUACAACAUGGACGUGCUGGAGGGCCUACUGACUGACCCCCCUAAAUGUGCUGGGUGCGGACAGCCAGCAACAAAACGCUGCUCCCGAUGUCACAACGAAUGGUACUGUCGCAGAGAGUGCCAGGUGAACCAGUGGAAGAGACACAAGCCGGCCUGUGAUCUGUUGUUCAACUCGCUACAGAAGAUGGAGGCAGACGUCAAGGCUGCGUCAUGACCUUAAGAUCUGAACCCGGAACUUUCAUAUUAAGUGGAUCUGGACCGAAUUGGAUCUGUACACUGAUGCAAUGAAAUACUGACACUGGAUGCUGAAGGACAGUAGCCAAAGGGAGGCACAGAAAUUCUGCAAACAGCAUCAUGCGUGGUCUUUGUGACAGAUAUAUUUAACGAAUCAAAUUUGAAUUGUCAUGAUCUGUUUCACCCCAUAAGGAGGACAUGAAUUUGACAUACAGUAUCUCCAUGAUCUUUUUUAAGAAACCAAUCUAUGCAAGAUCAGUUUCAAUGAAGAACGUUAGGUAUGAGGUGUGCAAUAUAGCAUGUAUCCGGUGGACAUCAGUUCCCGGGAUCAUUUAAAUACAUUGGACCAUUUCAUGUUCUUCACAUCUUCAUUUUACACAUGGACUGCAGCGCUGAUGUCUCAAACACUUCAAGAAGCAAUGCGGUCGUUGUCACUACCAAGCCAAAACUGAACUGAAGUAUACUGAACAAAAGAAGUUAGUGAUCAUGAAAUAUUUUUAUAUGUUGUACACAUUUAAUGAAACUCAGAUUUCACAACAAAAACAUAUCCUUAUAAAUAUGCUUGAUCCCCAACAUUUUUGUUCAGUAUACAUUCAUAGUGCAUGAGACCUGAUUAAAAACAGUAACUAAACAAUGUUUUUUUCUCCAAACUGUAUUUUCCUUAUGAAUUGUAUCUGAUUUCUUUUCAACAGCCUGUUGGCAAUAAUGUCUUUGUGUCACUCUCAAACUCACACUUACUGUAUCUUGUUUGUGUUCUAUUGAGGAACAUAUGUUGGUGUCCAGUAUGUUCAGUGAGUAAGUAUGUUCAGCUAAUCAUACUAACAGUCUGCUGACCUUGACCUCUAACCAAGUGUAUGGUGAAACUGUUUUCAUUUGUAUAUUCCAUUGUCAUCACUGUUCCAUGAUUAUUUAUUUUUUUUACAGAUGGUUGUAAAAUAAACACAAAAUAUGA